AUGGCUCCAAUUAAUUGCACCCCAGUGACAGAGUUUAUUCUUGUGGGCCUCACAGAUCAUCAGGAGCUAAAGAUGCCUCUCUUUGUGAUUUUCUUGUCCAUCUAUAUAUUCACAGUAGUGGGCAACUUGGGUUUGAUCCUGGUCAUCAGAACAGAUGCAAGACUCAGCACACCAAUGUACUUCUUCCUUAGCCACCUGGCUUUUGUUGAUUUCUGCUACUCUUCUGUCAUCACACCCAAAAUGCUUGGGAAUUUCCUGUACAAACAAAAUCUUAUCUCCUUCAAUGCAUGUGCUGCUCAGUUAGGCUGUUUUCUGGCAUUCAUGACAGCCGAGUGCUUGCUACUGGCUUCCAUGGCCUAUGAUCGAUAUGUGGCCAUUUGUAACCCCCUCCUCUAUAUGGUUGUGAUGUCUCCAGGAAUCUGCAUUCAGCUUGUAGUGGCACCCUAUAGCUAUAGCAUCCUGGUUGCACUGUUUCAUACCAUCCUCACCUUCCACCUCUCUUAUUGCCACUCCAAUAUCAUCAAUCAUUUCUACUGUGAUGACAUGCCUCUCCUCAGGCUAACUUGCUCAGACACUCACUCCAAACAGCUGUGGAUCUUUGUUUGUGCUGGCAUCAUGUUCAUUUCCUCCCUUCUGACUGUCUGUGUCUCCUACGUGUACAUUGUAUCUGCCAUCCUGAAGAUGCGCUCAGCUGAGGGCAGGCGCAAAGCUUUCUCCACAUGCAGUUCUCACAUGGUGGCAGUCACCAUUUUCUAUGGGACUCUGAUCUUUAUGUAUUUACAACCAAGCUCAAAACAUUCCCUUGACACAGACAAGAUGGCCUCUGUCUUCUAUACAGUGAUCAUUCCCAUGUUGAACCCCUUGAUCUACAGCCUCCGGAACAAGGAGGUAAAAGAAGCCCUGAAGAAAGUCAUCAUCAACAGAAACCAGGAUUCUGAGUUCAUGAAAUUCAUAAAAAGACUUAAUAAAAGUGGACUUUUCUAA